UGACGUCACGGCCGUAAGAUGAAGGCGCAGAGGCGGCCAUGACUACGGGCUCCGUAAUUAUUUAAUCCAAAUAAAAUACUCGCGGAAAACUUCCAUGGCACGAGCCACAAGUCAGAUCUAUGAUGUUGUACCCCUCCACUCCUCUGGUCUCUGCCCCUGUCCAUCCAUGGUAAGAGGUCAGCAGGAGACGCCUCGUCUUCACGGCAACAGCAUGGAGGGCCAGGCCCCUCCCUCUCAGCCAGCUCAGCCACGCAAGAAGAGGCCCGAGGAUUUUAAAUUUGGCAAAAUAUUGGGAGAGGGCUCCUUCUCAACGGUUGUCCUCGCAAAAGAACAUUCAACGGGGAAGGAAUAUGCAAUUAAGAUCCUGGAGAAGCGCCAUAUAAUGAAGGAGAACAAGGCGCAGUAUGUGAAGAGAGAGAGAGAUUUGAUGUCAAUCCUGGAUCACCCUUUCUUCGUCAAACUGUACUUCACCUUCCAGGAUGAGGAAAAGCUCUAUUUUGGUCUGAGCUAUGCUAAGAACGGAGAGUUGUUAAAGUACAUCCGCAAGAUUGGCUCCUUUGACGAGACCUGCACGCGAUUCUACUCAGCGGAGAUUGUCUGUGCACUUGAAUACCUGCAUCUGAAAGGCAUCAUUCACAGAGAUCUGAAGCCAGAGAACAUUUUGCUCAGCGAGGAGAUGCACAUUCAAAUCACAGACUUCGGCACAGCCAAACAGCUCCCCUCUGACAGCAGGCAGGCUCGAGCAAACUCGUUUGUUGGUACGGCUCAGUACGUCUCCCCAGAGUUACUGACUGAGAAAUCUGCCUGUAAGAGUUCUGAUCUUUGGGCGUUAGGCUGCAUUAUUUACCAGCUGGUUGCCGGAUUACCACCAUUCAGAGCAGGAAAUGAGUAUCUAAUAUUCCAGAAGAUUAUUAAAUUAGAGUACGAGUUUCCUGAGAAGUUCUUCCCCAAAGCCAAGAAUCUAGUGGAACAACUUCUGUUAUUGGAUCCUUGCAAGCGGAUUGGCUGUGAGGAGAUGGGCGGAUAUGAGCCGCUGAAAUCCCACCCUUUCUUUGAGUCAAUAAGCUGGGAUGACUUGCAUCUGCAAACCCCGCCCAAGCUCACCCCCUACCUGCCUGCCAUGUCCGAGGACGAUGAGGACUGCUAUGGGAACUAUGAUGACCUCUUAAGCCAGUUCAGCUGCAUGCAAGUGGCCCAGCCUGGCCCCGCACCCUCAGUGGAUGAGUCUUCGGAGAGCGUUCUUCCUGUAUGUAACCCCGCCCCCAGCGUGGAUCAGUUUAUCCAUAUUCAUGAGUUGGACAGUAACAGCAUGGAGCUUGACCUGCAAUUCAGCGAAGAGGAAAAGCGCCUCCUGCUGGACAAACAAAGUGCUGCAAACCCUUGGCACCAGUUUGUCGAGAAUAACCUCAUCUAUAAGAUGGGCCCAGUUGACAAGCGUAAAGGUCUGUUUGCACGGCGUAGGCAGCUGCUACUGACCGAAGGCCCUCAUCUGUACUAUGUGGACCCGGUGAAUAAGGUUCUGAAGGGAGAGAUCCCCUGGUCCCCAGAACUUCGACCCGAAGCCAAGAACUUCAAAACGUUCUUUGUCCACACACCAAACCGGACCUACUAUCUGAUGGACCCGAGUGGCAAUGCUGACAAAUGGUGUAAGAAGAUCCAAGAAGUGUGGAGGAAGAUCUACCACAAACACCAGAGCCCCAGCCUAUAGGAGCUCUCCCCUACGGCCACAUCCCCAGCAGCCCUUUGACCAAUCACAGAACAUGCACACCCCUUGUACAGUCAGCUCUCUCUCUCUUUUUCUCUCUUUCUCUCUCUUUCUCUCUCUCGCUCUCAUGCUCUUUCUCAUGCUCUCGCUCCCCCCGACCUUGCUCUUCACCUGAAUUUCAGUGUAAGGGGUGUGUCCCCUCUGUUUGAUUGGUCUGAAUCUAGAGUUAAGGCGGGUCCUUUGCCCUCAUUGGCCGCAGUAGCUGGUCUAGCUGAUUCUGAAUGGAGGAUGUGGUGUUGAAUUUCUGUGGUGGGGAGGUCCUGCUCCUUGAGUCGUUUGUGUUCCAAAUCAAAACUCUGAACAUACAGGAAAGAAACUCCAUCCCAAUCAUCACCACACCACAGCAAUCACUGCAGAACUAUGGGUAAUGUAGUUCUAGAGGGUAAUGCAUCACCCCAGGCCCUGAGCCAAUUGCGCAACUUUGCGAUUUUCAGUUCUUUUUUUUUUUUCCUCUCAAAUCGUCUGCAAUGGGAUAAUGACUGUACGUAUGUUUCUGAGUGGAGACAUGACCAGGUGUGUGCUGGAUGUCUGAGAUAGACUGGAGUGUGCGUGCGCGUGUGGUUCCUUCUCUCACUUGGCCGUUUUUAACAGGAAGGAGAUGGGCGCAUGUGUGUACGUGUGUUUCUGCGUGCGUGCGUGCGUGUGUGUCUCCUCUUCCUGGUUGGUAACUGAUGACUGUGAUGUAUAGUUGAUGUAAUAUUGAACUUGGAGGUGAGUAGAGCGAGGUGACUCUUGGAUCCGGGUUUUGUAUUUUUAUUCUUGUAUAAGGUUAUUGGGGCUACUCUGUUCAGGCCCAGCUACUUCUGUGUUAUUUAAAUUCUAAUAUAUGAAAAUCAUAUUUGGAUUGAAGUCAUGUUCGAGGGCCUUGCUGUGUAUGUUUUGAAAUGUAAAGCCUUUGAAUGUGAAGAAUUAUUGUAAACUAUGAUAUUUUACAGCUUUUUUUUCUUACUAUAUCAUAUACAUUUUCUAUUUGCGCAGUGAUUGACUCAUAUUCUGAUAAUUUAAAGCCUUUGCAUUCACGGACCCCGCCCACACUUGUGCACAUGUGCGUGUGAGAGCAAGUGCGUGCGAAUGUGAGUGAGUGAGCAUGUGUGUGUGGGGGGUCUGUCUUUGUGUGGGCGCUGUGUGUAUUUUUCCCUGUCUAGCUCAAGAGCUUGACAACACCUAGAACUGAAAUAAAGCAUGUAGGGGUUUAGGCCGACAGAAA